AUGAACAAACGCAGAAAAGUGGAAAGUAAUAGUAUUGACGGCUCUUCAAGCUCUCCUGCGAAUCUACCAAUCGUAAAUCCAUUUUUUGAUGAAUAUUUAACAGACGAUUUGUUAGCAAUAAUUAUUGAAUUCAUCGGAGAUGAUAAAAUAUUAAAUUACAUGCUCGUCAAUAAGAGAUUUAAUCGAGUGAUCAAUGAUGAUCAAUAUGAUUGUUUCAGACAUUUCGAAUAUGAGCUCCCAUUCACUUUUGAUCCUCCGAAAAAUUGUAAUCUUGUUAGAAAAUUAAGGAUUUGUUCCAUUGAUGAAGAUGUUUAUGAUUUUGAUGAGGAAAUUGCAAUGAUGAAAUUUAACAAGGUUACUGAAUUAAUUGUUUUGGAUGAAUGUAGUUACUCAUUCGGCUCUGCGUGUAAGGUUAUCGAUGCAUCGAAUGUGAAAAUAUUGUCUAUUAAUUUUGCAAUCAGUACAGAUGUUCUCAAACAAAUUACUGAAGAUUUCACUAAUUUAGAAACACUCAUUAUUGCAGAUUUUGAAGGUAUUGCCCAUAAUGAAAUUGAAAAGGAACUACCUACACUAACACAUUUCAUAUUUAGUGAAGAUUUAGAUUACUCAUACAGUUACGAACCAUUCGAAAUUGAUAGAUUUUGUAAUGUUUUCAAUUUUACUCCAAAUUUACGAACCAUAGAAUGUGAACCAAUAGUUGGUUAUAUGAAUUUGAAUGCAUUAAUUAAGAUAUGUUCUCAAUUGGAAUCAUUGGAAUAUAUAAAGGUUGGAAUAGUGUUGGAAAAUAGCAAAAUUGAAAGUUAUCCCUCCCUAAAUGAAUUGAUGAAACGAAAGUUGUUGAAACUUGAAUUGAAUUGUUACUCGCACAUUGCUCUUGAUGUGCUCACCAAAUAUUUUACAAAUUUCAAAGAUCAAACGAAGAUAACAUUGGAAGAAAGAUUAUACUUGUAG